AUGGUGGGAUCAGAGUCAGAAGGAAAGGAUAUAGAAUACAUAGAUAAAUAUAAUAAACUUGAUAAAAAUGAGGUUUCUGAAAAUUUAAAAAAUCGAAAUUCAAGCGAAAGGGUAUACUUUGGAAAAUAUACACAAAAAGAUGAUAUGAUUCUAAAUGAUUCAACAAAAUAUAAAAUAUUAUUUUCGUAUUUAAAAAAAAAAGAGAAAAAAAAAUUAAUACAAUGUGAUGGUAAUAAUAAUAUAAUUUUACAAAAAGAUAUAUUUUCCUCAAAAACAUCUGAUUUAGUUCAAAUAUUUUCUGAAAAUUUAAUAAAAUAUAAUAUUAAUUUAGAAAUAUAUAAUGAUAAAUUAUAUAUUUCAUUAAAAUUUAAAGAUAAAAUUGAUCCCCUUAUACCAUAUUUAAAAAAAGAAUUUUUUUUUAAAACCAAAACAGAAGAAAAUACUAUUUUAUUAUUGGCUAAAAAAUUUGAAAUAUAUAAUACCUUAAUGAAAUCUAUGUAUUUAAAACAUAAAGUUAAUGAAUAUUUUAAAAAUAAUAAACAAAUAAAUGAUUUUUUUUUGAAUAAUAAUUUUGAAAAAAAUAUAGAUACCUAUAGUAACAUUGUUAAUACUACAUUUUUUUCAAAUGCUUAUAAUGUAAAUAAAUUGUUUAAAAAUAAUAUUAAUAAUUUUAGAACGGAGAAUAAAAACAUAACUAUAGAAGCAAAAAAUGGAAAUGAGCAAUUGAAUAAUUCAAAUGAUGUUUCAGAAAUUAAAGAAAAUGCUUUACAAAAGCAAAAGACAGAACAAGAUCAAAGUCAACAUUUUACAAAACAUUAUAUAAAAAAUGGUGACAAUGAUAAUGAUGAUAAUAAUGAUAAUAAUAAUGAUGAUGAUGAUAAUGGUGAUAAUAAUGAAAAUUUUGAUGAAGAUAAUAAUGAUAACCAUGAUGAUAUAAAAUCUGGACAAGCCAUUUAUGAGAACUCAAAUAAACAACCAAUAAACAUUUCUUAUAAUCUAUUACUAGAAAAAAAUAAAAAUGAAUUUGUCAAUUUAAAUUUGAAAAAAAGAAAAACAGAAAAAUAUACUAAUGAAGAAGAAUAUGACGCUCAUAAAAAUAAUAUAAAUGAUAAUAAUACCAUGGAAAUAUUCGAAAAAGAAUAUUUUAAAACUAACAAUAUGGAAAAUAUUGAGCAAAUUAAUAAAAAAAAAAUAGAAAUAAAAAUGUUUGAUAUAAAAAUGUGUGAAACGAAAGAAGAACGACGGAAACUAAAAGAGCAAAUGAAGUUGGAGAAAAAUGAAUUUCUUAGAAUACAAAAAGAAGAGAAAAAAAAAAAAAAAGAAAAAAAAAUGCUUGAAAGAAAAAAAAUGUUAGAAUUGGAAAAAGCAUAUAAAAAAAAAUUAAAAGAAGAAAAAAAAAUAAAACAAAUGCAAGAAAAGGAAAGAGAAAGACAAUAUAAAAAAUUUCAAAGAGAAGAAAAAAAAAAACUAAAAAAACAAUUUUCCCAAAAUCAAAUAGAUAAAACAAAAAUAUGUGCAAAUAUAAAUAACAAAUAUGAUACAGAAAACGAUCAAGAUACUAGUAAAAUAAAUUUAAUAAAUGGAAAUGAUGAUAAUGAUAAUGAUAAUAAAUUAAAUGAACAGCCACAAUGGAUGGAAAUAAAAUCUCCAGUAAAAAAAAAAAAAAUUAUUAUAGAUAUGGCUAGUUGCACACACAAUAAUAAUGUAAUUGAAAAAAAUAAUUAUAUUAACUUAAGUGAUAAUAAAAUAAAUUCUUCUCAAACAAAUGAAAUUAUAAAUAAUGAAAUUUUAUCUCAUAACAAUAAUACUAAAAGAAAAAAAAAUAUAAACACGGAUUUAAUAUAUGAAGAAAUAGAAAUACGCAAUGUUUUUGAUAAAGAUGGACAAAUAAAAAAAAAAAUUAUUUUAAAUAACAAUAAAAAAAAAAAAAUAAAUAAAAAUGAUCACACACAAAUAUACCACGAUUUAGUGGAUACCCAAGGGAAUGACACUUUGAAUAAAUAUCACGAAAUGGCCAAUUUAAAAAAUGAAUAUAUGGCUCGAGAAAGUGAUGGGUUAUUAUUAGAGAAUGAUCAAAAUAUAAGAGAAACAAACACACAGCAAAAAAAUACUAUAGACGAAAAAGAAAUUGUAACAAAUAUAAUAAAAAAUAAUAUAAGCUACAAUAAUGAUAAUAUUUCAAGCCUUUUUAAUAAAAAUCAAGAAAAUAAUAUAUGUAUUAAUAAAAAUAAAAAAAAUGAGAUAGAAUAUAAAAUGAAUGAGUUAUAUCACCAAAAUGAAAUGUUAAAUUUAAAAGAUACAUCAUCUUUUCAAAUAAAGAAUGCAAAAAAAAUGGAAGACAAUAUAAAUGGAGAAUCAACAAACGAAUUCAGUGACACAAAAGAAAAUGUAAAAAAAAAUGUAAAAAAUGUAAAAGAAAACGUAAAAAAUGUAAAAGAAAACGUAAACAAUGUAAAAGAAAACGUAAACAAUGUAAAAGAAAACGUAAACAAUGUAAAAGAAAACGUAAACAAUGUAAAAGAAAACGUAAACAAUGUAAAAGAAAACGUAAAAAAUGUAAAAGAAAAUGUAAAAAAAAAUGCAAAAAAAAAAGAUGUAAUACACAUACCUAAUAAUGUUAUUGAUAAAAAAAUAGCUAUGAAUAUUAUGUCAUAUAAAGAAGAAACAAAUAAUAAAGAAACUAAAAAAAAAAUCGCUUUAUUUGGUCAGGUAAAACCUGGAGAUAUAAUAAAAAGAGGUAUAUAUGGUUAUAAAGCUUUUCAAAAUAAUGAAAAUUUAUAUGUUGAUGUUUUAAUUAUAGGAGGUGGCAUAUCAGGCUUAGCUGCUUCAUAUUAUUUAAAAAAAUGUAAUGCAAAAUUUUUAUGUAUCGAAGGAAGAAAUAGAAUUGGAGGUAGAGCAUUUACAACACGACUUCCAAAAAGAAUAGUUAAUAAUAAAGUUCUUCCAGAAACAAUAGUUGAUUUAGGGGCUAAUUAUCUUCAUUGUUGUGAUAAUUCGGAUUUAUUAAGUGAAAAUAAAAAAAAAAAAGUAAAAAAAAAAUAUAUGUCAAAAAAUUCAUUUAAAUUUAAUUAUACAAAUAUAAGAGAUCAUAAUAACAUAAAUAAUAUUAUUAAAACAAUGGAAAUUGAUGAAAUUGAAAAAAACUUAGAAAAUAGCAUAUCACAGUUUAGUGAAGAAUAUGAAAAACUAGUUAAAGAAUUUAUAAAACCCCCAACAUAUAAAUGUUCAAAUUCUUUAAACAAUAAUAAAGAUUGUGUAAACAUUGAUAAUAAUCCAAAUUCCAAAGAUGGAAAUGAUAUUGAAUGUGUCCAAUGUGAGAAAGAAAAAUGGCAUAGUGAUUUUGAUUAUAUAGGAAGAAAAAAGGAAAAAAAUUUGAAUAAAAAAAAACUAAAAAAAAAUAUUUUAUUUAUGAUUCGAAAUAAUGUUGAUAAUAUUUGUGAAUUUUAUGAAAAUUAUUAUUAUAAAAAUGAAAAAAAAGAUAUAUAUCAAUUUUUUAAAAUUAUAGAUGAAAAUAUAUAUUUUUAUGCAAAUUUAAGUGAUGAUAAUACAUAUAAUAGUAUUCCUAAUAAAAAUAAAUAUAAUAAUUCUAAAAUUAUAAAAAAUAAACAACUAAAAGUUCUGACUGUUAAUAAAGAUACAAGAAAAAGACGAGAAUAUGAUAAAUCCGUAACAAAAUUAGCUGAAAAAUUGAAACCCAAAAUAGCUUUAGUAUGUGGAAAAGAUAAUUGGGAAUCUACAUUUUAUGCUUAUUGGUAUAAUAAUGAAAAUGGAAAAAAAAUUAAAAACUUUAAAAUAUACCGAAUGAAUUUAUUGUGUGAUAAAAUAAGAAUUAGAGCAGCUCGAAAAAUAAAAAAAUAUCUUUUUAUAAAUGAUGAUACAUAUGAUAAUCAAUAUGUUACUAAUAAAAAUGAUGCUUACGAUGCUGGUAAUAUUGUUUAUAAUAAUCUAAUUUCUAACAACACAAAUGGUAAUAAAAAUAGCAGUGAUAAUAACUAUUCGGUACAUAAAAUGGUAGACAACAUUUGCAAUGCUAAUUUAAAUCAAAUUGAGAGCUCUAACAACUUUAAAAAGGAAUAUGACAACACAGACGAUACACAAAUAACAAGCAAUUUAUAUAUUCAAAAUGAAAAAACAGAAAAAGAAAAUUUUAACAUCUAUCAUGAUAAAGUAAAUGAAAUAAAAAAUAGCUUCCACAGAUAUAUAAAUAACAAUAUAAAACUUUUAAAUUCAGGCACUGCCCAAGAAAUUUAUAAUUCUGCUUUAAAAAACGAUGGUUUUAUAGAAUAUGCAGAUGACCAAUUUGAAAGAGAUGAAAUUAACAAAAAAAAAAUAAAUGCAAAAGAAGAAGAAGAAGAAGAAAAAGAGGGGAUGUUUGGAAAUGAUAAGCCAAAUGACAAUAUCAGCUUAUCAAAUAAUAUUAACGAAAAUACUAAUGAAAAGAUAAAUAUAAUAAAUAAUUCCAAAAAAAAAUCAAUUGAUGAAAUAUGCGAGUUAAAAAUAAAUAAUGGAAAUAAUUUGAUUUCGAUAAAAAAUGGUUCAAAAAUAAAAAAUUCACCAAAUUCAAAAAGUGGAAAUAUAAAAACAAAAAAUUUAACGACAAAUUUAGACACAUUAUUUUGUGACAAAAAUGCAAUAAUUUAUGAUAAUUAUUAUAAUUAUGGAGAAGAAUAUUAUAAUAUUGUUAAAGAGCCAAAUAAAGAUAUUGAACAAAAUCAAAAAAAAAAAUACAAUAUUAAUGAUACCUGUUUGUAUAAAAAUGUGAGUAAUAAUGAUAAUAAAAAGUCAUAUGGAAAAAUAAAUAAAAAAAAAAAAAGAAGUAUGUGGGAUUUAUUAAUGGAAUGUACAGAAGAAAUAUUCACUGAAAUGAAUUUAAAUCAAGAAAAUUAUUCAAUGGAAGAGUGGAAAAUGUUAAUGGUAGCUUUACAAUCAAGAUAUGGGUAUGGUGGUGAUUUAAGAAACACAUCUAUUGCAAUGUCAAGACUUCCUUCUUCUGGUUAUAUGGAUAUAGACAUAUGCCCAAAUUAUGGCAGUAAAAAUUAUAUACUAAAAAAUAUGAAAUAUUAUGAUAAAAUAAAAAAAAACGAGCAAGUACCGCAUAUUUGUCAAUUUAAAGAUAAUACACGCGCUGAUAAAAUUGUACUUGAUGGGUGGAAAUGGAUAAUUGAUUAUUUGUCAGAAGAUAUACAAGAUCAUAUUUUUAUUAAUACGGUAGCGGAACUUGUUCAAAUAAAAAAUCCAACGAAUCAAUCGAAUCAAUCGAAUCAAUCGAAUCAAUCGAAUCAAUCGAGUUCAAACAGAGACCAAAACCACUUUUACAUUAAGAGCGACCCCCCAAAUGAAGAUAUUGAUAAUAGCAAUUGCAAAAGAAAUGAUUCAAAUAGUAGCCAUAAUAGCUUACAACCUCAUCAAUAUGACGAUUACAAUUCUGUAAAGCAAAAAAAUGAGAACAUAGAAUUUGUUAAAGAAAAUAAUAAUGAAAAAAUCGAUGGUUUUCUAAAUCAUCAAAAUUUUGAGAAUUUUAUUGAAAAUAAAAAUUGUAAGAAAAUAAAUGAAAACGAUAAAAUAGGGAAUUAUUAUGAUUCAUAUGUUGAACCAAAUAAUGAUGAAUAUGAUUAUGAUAGUUUAAAGAAGGAAUAUAAAAUACCUAAUAAUUAUGACAGUUAUAGUGCUAUAGUUAAAUGCAAAUGUUAUGAUACUUUGGAAAAAAAUGUAAAUAAAAAUUUUCAUGGUACUUCUGAUUUAAGUAACUGUAAAUUUAAAAACAUAAAUAUUCAUGCUAAAUAUAUUAUUGUUGCUUUGCCACUUGGAUGUUUAAAAGAAAAUGAAGAAAAGAAAAAAAAUCAAAUACAAUCUUGUUUAAAAUUUGAACCUGAAUUACAUCCCCUUAAAAUUAAAGCACUCAAUAAUUAUAAAAUGGGAAGACAUAACAAAAUUAUUUUACGAUUUUAUCCAUUUAAUUUUAUAUGGCCAUUUGAUGGUUUACAAAUAAAUUGUAUAGAUCAAAAGUUUCAAUAUUUAAAUUUACAUGCAUAUGGUAAGAUUGGAUGUAUUUUAGUACAUUGUUUCCCACCUUGGUCAUCUACAUAUGGUUAUAUUAAAAAAGAAUAUUCUAUAGUUAAUGAAUGUUUAUAUAAUUUAAGUAAAAUGUAUGAAAACAGUGGGAAAAAAUUACCUAUUUUAGUUGACUAUAUUAUAACAAAAUGGCAAGAUGAUACAUUUUCAUGUGGAUCUUAUGCAUAUCCAGAUUAUAAAUGUAAUGACAAUGAUAUUAUAUAUUUAAGAGCACCACAUCCUAUACACAAUCCUAAAAUAGUUUUUUGUGGUGAGUAUUUAUCGAAAAGUUAUUUUCAAUGUGUAGAUGGUGCAUAUGAUACUGGUAUUAGAGCAGCAGAAGAUAUUGCACAUAUAGGAUUAAAAUUAAAAUCUUUUGAUAAAAAAAAAUAUAAUACUGAUAUAUAUUUUUUCCCAAAAAAUACAUGUCCAUUUACAAAUAUACCAUUACCUAAAGUAAAAAGAGAGCUAUUAGGGUUUUACAUAACUGAUGGAAGUGAUGAAGCAUUGUCAGAUUAUGAAAGUUCUUCUGGAGAAGAAGAUGAUACUAUAUCGAACAUUCCUUUAUCGAUUAUAAAAGAAGAAUAUAACUUAUUACAUUCUACAUUAAAAAAUAUUAAUAUUUUUUUCCACCAAUUAAAAGAUGAAAAUAUUAGGAAAAAGAAAAAUUUACGAGGAAAUUGUAAAAAGAAAGUUAGAUAUAAUCGAAUUAACCAAACUGAUAUAAAAAUAAAAAAUAUUAAAACUCAAACAAAUUGUAUGGAUAAUAUGAACAAUUUAAAUGGAAUAGUAUCAGGUUAUUCAAAAAAUUGUUAUAUCAAAAAAAUUAAUACCGAUUUGCAUUAUGAUGAUGAUGAUGAUAAUGGAUACAAUAAAAAAGAGUUAAACAAUUAUGAUAAUUCACACAAACUAAAUGAACAAAUAAUACAUUCUCAAUAUGUUCCUUCAAAUGAAAUUAUUAAUUCAUCUCAUAAUAUAAUACCUAUAAAAAAUAAUACAGAAAAUGAUAUAUCAUUCACCAAAUAUAUAAAUAGUAUCGAUUUUUAUCUUGAUAGAUAUGUGAUAAAAUUUAGAGAUAUUAUUUUUCACAAUUAUAAUGGUAUUGAAUUAGGGAAUAGUUGUGAUGAUGUAAAUGUAGCCAAAGAUUUAAUAAAAAAAACAUUUACUCUAUCACAAUCAUUGUCAAUAAUAUUGAAAAGAUUUGAUAAUUUUCAAUUUAUUAUACAAAAGGAAUUAUGGACAAUACUUAAGAAACUUGCGCAUGUUCUUUUACCCUAUUUCAAUAACAUGAAUAACAAAAAAAAUGAAUUUUUAUCAAUUGCCGAAAAACAUCUUAAUUAUAUUUUAACAUCGAAAGAAGGAAUAAAUGAAAUAUUUUAUGAACAAAUAAAAAAUAUUUUAGAAAAAAAUAAUAACAUGACUAGCCAAUAUAGUAAUAAUGAAAAUAUCAAUUUAUCUCCUAAUCAAUAUCAAGAAACCAUCUAUCAAAACAGAAAUAAUUAUUCAUCAAACGAGUAUUGUGUUAUAAAAAAUAAUGUUAUAGAAAAAGACGAACAAACGGGAAACAAUCAUGUAUUCAAUGAUGAUAUAAAUAAUAAUAUUAAUAAUGUGCAAGCAAAUAUUAUAUACAAUAAAAUUAUACUGAAUGAUCAUAAUAACAUGAACAAUGCAGGUGGAAAUUCGGAGAAACGCAAUAAUAAUUAUGAACAAAAAAUAAUAAAUGAAAAAAAUGGUGAAAAAAAUGGUGAAAAGAAUGAUGAAAAAUAUGUUGAAAAGAAUGGUGAAAAAAAUUGUGAAAAGAAUACAAAAGGAAAUAUCAAUUGUAUGCAGUUAGACAUGCAUAAUGAAAAAAAGAAAAAUAUGUACAUUCAAAAUAAACAAAUAUAUGAAUUAAAUAAUUAUUUAAAAUAUGUUUUAAAUAAUAUAUUUAUGAAAAAUAAAUAUAUAGAAGAAUAUAUUACAAAUACAAAUCAAAAUAAAAUUAAAUUAAACUCAACUUGUUUUCUUUUUUUUUGUUGCUAUGUUUUACAAUAUAUAAUGAAACAAAUUAAUUAUGACUUAUCACACAAAUUUAGUGAUUUUAAUUUAAUUAUUCAGUUAUUAUGUGAUUAUGUAUAUUAUUUAAUAUUUUAUAAGCACGAAGUGCUAUGUUAUAAAUGCAUGAAUAGUGGAGAAUUAAUUUUGUGUGAUUUUUUUAAUUGUACAAAUGGUUGGCAUUCUUUUUGUUUAUUCUCAAAAAAUGAUCAGGAAGAAAAAAAGUUGAAUAAUUUGUGGUUUUGCCCAAAUUGUCUCAACGGAAAAUUAGUAAAACCUUCUCAAAGAGGUUAUUAUAAUCAGAAUGAAAUAAUACAAAAUUAUUGGAAAAGAAGAGUUUACAUUUAUAAAAUAAAAUUUUUUUUGUCGAGAACUCGCAGAAUUCGAAAAAGAUUAGAUUUACUUGAAAUGGAACUAAAUAAAAGAAUUCCAUAA